AUGAGAAAAUUACGCGGUGGACAAGCGAAAGAAACGCGCAAACAGCGCCAGGAGCGGAAGGAGGAAAAUUUGAAAAUUCAGCAGCAGAUGAAAACGAUAGUAUUCCCUACGAUAGGCGUGAUUUUUCUGUGCAUAGUGGUGUACGUAUUUUUGAAAACUCGUCCACGCUACGAAGAGCUUUAGUGUGU